AUGACCGACACCGUGGAAAACUUAACAAAGAAUAUCGAGGAUGCUGAAUCAAAGGAAUCGCCAAAGCUUACUAGAAAGCUCACGAUAAACACUGAGGUCGCAGAGGUUGAAGGCCCACCCGAGAAAGUUGCAAAAGUAGAAGUGGAGGAGUAUAUGCCAGUGGAAGUCUUGCAGACUAUCCAACAACUUUCAAGCCCGAAGCUUGGACAUAAUGGAUUACCAUGUCGUCCGAAAGCAAUGACAUUUGUGAAUGGACGCCCGACACUUCCUGAGAUGGGACCUCUUCAACAGUGCCAACAUCUUCAACAAAUCCAAAGCCUCAUUCACUAUCACGAACAACAAGUAAAAUACCGGUCUUAUAUCCAAUUAGAUAUCCUUCGUCAUCUUCGCAAACAACUGAAUGAUCAAAUGCUCCUACACCCACACCGUCGCCAUUACGAAGCAUUGGUAGAAGCAGCUAAAUGCAAUCGUCUAUCCCCGUUGUCAGUGGCGGAGAGAGCUCAGCUAGAGUACUUCACACAAAUGGCUGAUUGGACAUUGGAUGCUCGCGCCAGCUUGCAAGGCAAGGAAUCGGUGACCUAUCUCACGCUUUUUGGACGCCAAGUUUCUGACUUCAAGUCUCGUCUCAACGAAAUUACAACCCAUGAGCAGUUCCAGGUAUUUGCACCAAUGUUUGCUGAACGCAUCGAUUAUCAUCGUGAGCUCAUCCAUACUCUGAAUCGUCGUUCAUCUGUAAGCAUUGCUUAAACAUCUCGUAACAUAACAAAAGUGUACAUUUGAACAAGAAUCUAUAACCAAAUUUUUGACUUACACACCACUGUUUUUGUCAAAGUAUUGACGCUCUCCUUAAAUGUUUCUCGCGUGAUUCCGACUCCACUUUAAAAGGGAAUCAGUUAUCCAAUCAAAAAUGUAAUCCGACAUCUUUGUACAUUGUUUGCUUUUUGAACACGUUGAUCGUAAAUUCAAAAAGUUAAUUCCCUCUACGCUUCUCUCAAAUUAAAAUAUCAUUGUAUGCUUUUCACAAUUUAGUUGCCCUCAGUUACUCUACUUUUGUAUUUUUGUAUCUAAAUUCCUCAUCUCUGUCCUAGCUUUUCGAAUAACAAACGAUAUCAUUGUAUCAAUGUCCUGUGAAUUUCCCCUUGCAGUUUUAUAUCGUGAUUCCUUCCGUAGACCCUCGGUUUUAACUACUCUAUUUUUACUCCCAACACAUUUAUUUUGUAUAUUGAAAAAAUCCGGCUUGCCAAAUCUAUACGUUCCUGAUUUAUUGGAUAAUGUUUUUUGUGAUCAAAUCACUUAAUUCCAUUCAUUCUUUCUAUCAUUCGAAUUAUUAUAUUUGAACAAUAAAUUUUAAACGG